UCGUUCAGUUAUAGUUUUCACGCGAGUUGUUACGGUGCUGGCGAUCAUGGGGUCGUUAAUGUUUUUUCUAAGUGCAGUGUACGUUUUGACUGUACUUUUAAAGUUCGGAAACAGUACCGUCAGGUUGCCAAUCACGUGGGAAGAUUUUGAAAACGGCACCGAUGGCCUAAGGAUUCUAAGCAGGGAAGAAUGGGGAGCCAGACCACCGGUAGCGCGGGAACCAAUGGUAGUGACACCGACGCCUUUCGUCGUGAUCCAUCAUGGAGGCAUUGCUCAAUACUGUUACGAUCAGACGACGUGUUCAGCGAUUGUCAGAUCGUAUCAGAAUUUUCAUAUAGACGAUCGAGGCUGGUACGACAUCGGUUACAGCUUCGUUAUCGGCGAAGAUGGAAACGCCUACGAGGGUCGGGGCUGGGAUUACAUCGGAGCUCACGCGCCCCCUUACAACAAUCAAAGCAUCGGAAUAUGCGUUAUCGGUGAUUUCAGUAAUUUCCUGCCCAAUGAUGCUGCUUUGAAGACUCUGAGCGCUCUAAUCAAUUACGGAGUGAGUCUAGGCAAAAUAAGUAAAAGUUACCUGGUUAUAGGCCACCGGCAAGCAAGAGAUACCGAGUGUCCCGGCAGUGUAUUUUACAAAUACGUGCAGACGAAUCCGCGAUGGACGAAACAACCUGUGCCAAAAUACACACCGCCAAAGACAACUGUGGAAUCAGUCACAGCUGUGAACGACAACGCUAACUAUAAAUGUCUAGAGCUCAAAAGAUUUCGUGGCAGUGUUUCUUCAAUAUACAGGAUGAACAGAUCGAUCUCAGUGUUUCUUGUAUUGACGAUUUGUCAAAUAACGUUUGGUUCUCAGCACGAGACACCUGUUCGACCAAAUAUAAUAUCGCGGUCAGAAUGGGGUGCCAUGUCCCCAAAAUGGGCGGCAAGAAAUCUGAGGGAAGAUCCACCCCCGUACGUAAUAAUUCACCACUCAGCGACCGAUGGUUGCACCACUCAAGCGAUUUGUCAAGCUAGAAUGAGAAGUUUUCAAAAGUUUCACAUGAAUGAGAAAAACUGGUCCGACAUUGGCUACAAUUUCGUAGUUGGAGAGGACGGUAACGUGUACGAAGGAAGAGGAUGGGAUAAACAUGGCUCGCAUUCGAUACCUUACAAUUCGAAAAGUAUUGGGAUUUGUAUAAUUGGUAAUUUCGAUGGCCACAGUCCAAACGCAGCAGCAAUCAGUGCAACCAAGAGCUUGAUAUCGUAUGGAGUAUCUAUUGGAAAAAUAAAAGAUACUUACACUUUAUUGGGACAUCGACAAACUACCCAAACGAUUUGCCCAGGAAAUAGUUUGUAUAAUUUGAUUAAAACCUGGUCAAGGUGGUCGUCAAAUCCAUAAAUACGAAACACACAUCACCAUGAAAUGUUACUAUAUUUAUUAUUAUUUUGUACAAAGCAUUUUUAAAUAAAUGUCCUCCGUUUCUGUUGUAA